AUGGAACCUAUGAACAGGACCUCAGUAUCUGACUUCAUCCUCAUUGGACUCACAGACUUGCCAUGGCUUCAGAAGAUCCUGUUUGUUGUUGUUCUCCUUUUCUACAAGCUUGAUAUUAUGGGCAAUGUCAUUAUCAUUAUUUUGGCCAAAAAAGAUCCUUCCCUUCACUCCCCAAUGUAUUUCUUCUUGGCCAAUCUAUCAUUUCUUGACAUCUGCUUUUCUUCUGUGACAGUACCCAAAAUGAUGGUCGGGUUCUGGAUAGUUAAUGUGAUCUCCGUAAAGGCCUGCAUUUUGCAAAUGUAUUGUUUCCACUCAUUGGGCUUUUCAGAAGGAGUCCUACUUUCUACCAUGGGUUAUGACCGAUAUGUUGCUAUAUGUCACCCUCUUCGGUACAAGGUCAUUAUGAGAAAGUCCGUUUGUAUCUACCUUGUUCUCAUAUCAUGGUUCGCUGGACUCACAACAUCCUUGGUGAACGCACUGAUGACAUCACAGCUGCCAUUUUGUAAUGCCAACAGGGUUCAUCACUUCUACUGUGACGUAAAACCAGUGAUAACAUUGGCCUGUAAAGAUAUCAGUGUCAAUAAACUGACUCUAACGUACUUCAGCGGAUUCAUUUGCACCGGCACCUUUAUUCUGACAGUUCUAUCCUAUUUCUACAUUAUCACCUACCUUGUUACUCAUCAAUCUUCAAAAGGGAGAUCUAAAGCCUUUUCAACAUGUUCUUCACAUUUGACAAUUGUCAUGUUGUUCUAUGGGACAGCCAUGUGUACUUACCUUGGCCCUGACUCUGAAACUUCUAUUAACAGGGACAAGAUUGCAGCUAUAUUGUUCACAUUAAUCACCCCAUCCCUGAAUCCUAUUAUUUACACCUUAAGGAAUAAAGAAGUUAGAAAAUCCUUGAGAAAUAUGUUUGUCACGAUGCCGGCUGAUACAUGA